CUCGCUCACAACAGAGCAGAGCAGAGCACGAACGUAAACACACCCAUCACCACUUCUGUACAGCCAAAUUAAUUGAUUAUUAAUUAAUUUCGUUUUGUUUACUAAAAAGAGUUUAAUAUUUUAGUCACAUGACGAGGACCGCAACUGAUACGUGGUUUAGACGAGGCCCCGAAUUUUUGUCGGAAAAGGAUAGUGCAUUUAACAUUUCGAUUGACAGUAGCAUUGUAAAGAAGGUCCCAGCCACGAUGGAAGCAGAGAACAACGACGAUAUCGAAAUAGACGAUGAACCUAGGGGGGCAAAGAUCAAGGCUUUUAUCAAGUUGGCGACUAUUGUUAUCUGCUAUGCCACCGCGUUCGUGUCGCUGGUACAGUUAGGUUUUUGGUUGGUGCAUGACCCUGAAUUUGGUCCAGUGAUCCUGCACACUCCUGUUAUGACAUGGUUCGAAACCAAAUGGACUCAUGGAGUUUGGUGGGACUCUGUGACAUACGGAAUGAUCUGUAAUUUUGGUCUACUCCUCACAUUUUGUGUCCAGCAUAGUCUCUUGUCGAAACGAAACUUGGAAAGUACCGCAAUUUGGAUGCGACUUCACUACUCGUAUCAGAUUGAUCGACCCUUGUACAUCCUUGGAACAGGUCUUGUCCUUCAGGUCAUAAUUCGAGGCUGGACAACAGUGCCCGUCGUAAUUUGGAGUGAUGUGCCCUGGGUGAAGGACUACUAUCACUAUGCUCACAUUUUGGCCUGGGUUUCCCUCUACGGGACAAGUCUGAUGCUGGAUCUUCCUGAUAUGGUUGGAUUCAAUCAGGUUGUCAUCAGCAGUCCCACCGUGACACAAAAGUCCCCCGAUUUACAAAUAAUGCACAACACGCAACGGCAUAUGGGACUCUUACCUUUCACAAUAAUUCUCUUGAUCCAUCCUACCAUGACACUUGAUCGAUUCCUACUCACCAUUUGCACUGGGUUGUACACCUACCUCGCCUGGAGGUCGAAUGGAUCUUAUGAAUAUGCCAGUCGUAUGAAGCAAAUGAAGAAGCAUCGUUUGUAAAUGACAUCAACAACUAAACUCUAACCCGCACUCUAUUUAUAGAAUAGAUAAGUAUUACUAAGUUUACUACUUUUGGCAGAAUUGACCCUUGUCAAGUUGUAAAGUUAUUUAUUUUUGGUUAUUACUUUAAAAGAAGACACGGUUCUCUGCCGAUCGUUGAGUACUUAUAACUAUUAAUAUGCCGAUUGUUUCUCUUAUCCUUUCCUAAUUUUGGUCUUCAAGAUUUGUCUGGUCAACUUUAAAACCGUGCUGCUGCUUAUUCUUUUAGCAACUUACUUACCUCAUCUUAUAUACUUACACCAUCACCACCACAAAUCGCUGAUCUCCUUUCACACAAGUUCAAGUGUUCAAGUCUAGUGUUACUACUUACAAGAAAGUUUAAUUAUUCAGUUUUUUUUGUUAAUAUUUCAUGACUAACCCAGACUGAAAUAAAAUAAAAACCAUAUUCAUUAUGUGAAAUGCAAGUUAUCCUAUUUUUCAACUCGAUCAUCAUCGAAUAUACGUGCAGAAAAUUCAAGAUAUGCAAAUUAAAU